CUAUGCAGCAGUGUCCCGUGUAGUUCAGUGACACAGACAUGACUGUUAGCUGUUAGCCGUUAGCUGUAGGUGUAGGUGUUUGAGUAGGAGCGGAGGUGUGGAAGUUCUCUCCGGUUAGACCGUCGCGUUAAUCAAACAAAGGAACCGUCAUCAUGAUGCGUUUCAUGCUGUUGUUCAGCCGGCAGGGGAAGCUGCGGCUGCAGAAAUGGUACACGGCGACCGCUGAGCGCGACAAAAAGAAGAUGGUCCGCGAGCUGAUGCAGAUUGUGCUCGCUCGGAAACCAAAGAUGUGCAGCUUCCUGGAGUGGAGGGACCUCAAGAUCGUCUACAAACGGUACGCCAGUCUGUAUUUCUGUUGUGCAAUCGAGGAGCAGGACAACGAGCUGAUCACUCUGGAGGUGAUCCAUCGCUUCGUGGAGCUUCUGGAUAAAUACUUUGGCAGCGUGUGUGAGCUGGACAUCAUCUUUAACUUUGAAAAGGCCUACUUCAUUCUGGAUGAGUUCCUGAUGGGAGGAGAGAUCCAGGACACGUCCAAGAAGAGCGUCCUUAAAGCCAUUGAACAAGCUGACCUGCUGCAGGAGGAGGACGAGUCUCCCCGCAGCGUGCUGGAAGAGAUGGGUUUGGCGUAGCUCCGAGCAGCGGCAGGUUUUUGUUGGACUAUGGACACUGAGGGGGCGGGAUCAGAGGAAAGGGUGCGGGGCCAUCGGAGAGAGGCCACAGGGCUUGAUCUGGAUUCACAGCGCUGGUUCUGUGACGGCGUCUCUGAGGACUGAAGGGGAGGAGACUCGGCGAAGAGGAGGAACUUGAAAAGACGAGCCCCAUUUGUUUGUGUGAUCUGAGCGUGUGCAGUCUGAAUGUGUGAUCUGAGUGUGUGCAGUCUGAGCAUGUGUGAUCUGUCUUUAAAGGGCGAGUCUGGCGUUUUCUGAUCAGACUGUCAGAUCAGAUUAUUGAGGUUGUAGCGGUCUGAACUCGGACUGAGAUCUGCGCUGUGAUUGGGUGAAUCGGUCUGAUUUUAUUCUUUAUUUAUUUCUGUUUCCAGCGAGUUAAAUGAUGAGACAGAAACAUUCAUGUGGAUCCAUCUCUGAGCUGACUGGUCCUCACUGAGGUCAAAAAUACUAAAAAGAAAAAAAAAACUCAAAUGAAAUAUUACAUUUUGGAAACGUGCAUAUGUUGGGGACUACUUUCAGCAGCGGAUGAAUCCUUAUCAGACUGUGAUAAACACAUGGUACUUAGUAUACAGUUUUAUAGUUGUUUGUUAGGGUUUAAACUGAAUAUUUAAUAAUAUAACGAAUAUAUAGACUAUCUGCUGACAUUUAGAGUAUAUUUAUCUGUUUAUUAAAUCAUGUGUACGCUGGUUUGGCCAUCAGUCCUAUUUGUUAUUUAAAAAAUGAUAUUUAUCAACUAAAAGAACUCAGUAUGGGUCCUUAUAUCAGAAUCAGAAUGUUUUCUUUAGUGUACAUUUGAGCUUUGGUUGCUGCAGCCUUACUUGAAAUUUAUUUAGUUUUAUUUAGGCAUGUUUGUUUUGUACCAUCCCUGAGCAUCAUCGCUCCCUGACUUAUUGCAGAUUAAGCACGAUAAUUGUCAACAUGCCAUUGCAAAUAUGGCAGAGUGGCUAGCUCACUUGGCUUAUAUGUGGAGUUUUUGCAACUCCAUGCAGACUGGCCCUAUGUGAAACCGUCAUUGCCCCAAACAUAAUAACUGGCUCUUCCACCCUUGGCAGCAAAGACUGCAAGCAAGUGUUUGUGAUAACUGUCAAUGAGUCUUUCAAUCAGAAGUUACAGAACUGUUUUAAUUCAGCCUUUUAUAAGCUUUGGUGACAUCAUCCUUCUUAAGCCUAUUAAAGGAUCACAUCAUCAAAGACUGAAUGUUUGUAAAGCUGGGAAUGUUGGGGGCUUUUCCCUCCAUUUUAGUGACAUAGUAGGCCAUAGUUGCCCACUCUUGGUACAACAACCCACCAGUUGAGAACCAUAAGGUUAGACUGAAACUGGGCCAAAACUGGCCUGCAUGCAGAUGGCAAGGAUGGAAUGUUUGCAAGCUUCAAAGGAAGACAUCAUCUUCAAAGGCAAAGAAAGGAAUGUUUUUAAGGCUUAAAAAGCAUGAUAUCAAUAAAGGUAAUGGAUGGAAUGUUGGUGAAGACCGGUAGGUUUGGGGCUUUUACCCUCAGUUUUGGUUUUGUUCCGAAUAGUCGGCCAUAGUGGGUGACUUUUCGGGGCAAGGACAUAGGGGGUUCCUUGCCAACUAUUUGACUUGUUUGCCUGCUGACUACCCUAUGCAGCCCCUAGAAUUAAUUCUACAGCUAUUGAGUGCCUGGUACUCAAACUUGUUUGUGUUCACAUCUCCUGCAGACUGUACUCAAGUCCACUUGAGUUGUUCCUUAGACCACUUCUUCAAGUGGACUUAGGCACCGUGCCCAAGCAUGGUAUGCUUGUGUUCAAACUGACCAAAUGAACUGGACCUUAGGGAUCAACUGUACUCAGAUCUGAGCCUGUAUCUCUGAUGUGAAAGCACCCUCAAUCCUUGAACCAUACAUUAAGAACUGCCUCUACAGCUCUUCUCUCUGUACACGUGCACAGUUAGAUUUAAAUAUCCUGCAGACCGUGCCCAAGACCACCUCUCAAAGGAGACUUGAACAUGGUUCCUGAGUCCAUUACGCUUGUGUUCAAAUGAACUAGACUUCUGAGUCAGUUGUGCUCAGAUCCAGGCUGGGUCCCUGAUUUGAAUCGCCUUAAAAGUUCCUAAAUUUUGAAUACCAUUCUUCAGAAUCAAAUUUUAAGUCCAAUUCCAGAGUUUUCCAAAUAAAACAGUGACAAAGUGAGACUUGAGGUACAGAGAUGUUAACAAACCAGUACAAUCUUUGAUCAUUAACUUUAUCUGCCUUGUAUCAACAUAUCAGCCGCCUUACAUAGAAGUUUUUCUGUAGCGCUGUCAUUUUUUUCUCUUUGCGUUCUUUUUUGCAGCCUUGAUUUUCUCUCAUUUAAAAAAAAACGUUCCUAGCCUUUACAUCAUGUCCUAACAUUAUGCUAUGUGAACUGUGUGGAAUUCAACUCUUUUUUAAGAAUCACACAUUGUGAUAACCUUAGAAGAUAAUCCUCCUGCUCUGAAGGUUCAUUAUUAACCCAUUAAGCCAUCAUUAAACCUUACAUUUGUUUAAAACUCCAUCAUAACAGAUAGGAUUGAAGGCGAUGGCUGAAACAGCAGACACAUCUAUUUUCUGCUUCUAAAUGUUUCUCUUCAUCCUGAUAUUUCUCACUAUAUUAUAUUUAAAGUACACUUCCUGUUUCAUGGCGUUUUCUCUGAAAUCACUGCUGUCCUGUAGAUGAGCUCAGCUCUGAAAUGUGAAUAAUGAACCAAAGGUGUUUGAUCCUGGUUGGUUAAAUCUGACAAACUUUGAAAAACCACAGCGGCUGCAGACAGAAAUAGAUCGAUCACGUGUACAUCUACUUCCUGCUUGCUUUGACAAGGUCCAGCUUUCUUUAGUGCUUUUCUUAACCUGCACUGGGAAGUAUUGAAUGUAUGAAGAGGUUUGGUGGUUCAUACCUUAGCAUUUACAGUUUGGUUUGGUCCUUUAUCGUAGUAUCAUGGUUUUAUUCAUUAGUGGAACAAGGGUUUUUCUUACUACUUUCACUCAGUUUCACUUUACAAUCGGAGAGUAAUCAGACUGAUUACUGAGGUUCUAAGGUAGGUUACACUGAAAUUUCGUCAAAGAUGUCAAGAGAUUGAGGCUGCGUAAACUGUGCAGUUUGUUAGUUCACACUGAGACAGAAUCAUUUAUGACACCCGACCAUAGCGAACAAUUUAUGUGCUUAUGUUGUCCCAGUGAAGUUGGGACAGACUGUGACAAAUGUCAGUCAUGUUUCCUUUGAAAAUGUCUCAUAGACGGAGGUUGAAGACACAUGUGUUGUUGUUUUUAUGCUUCAUACAGCUCCAACUUCACCCAUACCAUCUCUAAGACAGAAACAGAAUCACCAGCUAGCAGCACAACUAGCAGCAGAAAGUAUAUUUAGCUGGAGGUCUACAGGUAGGCAUUUUUUCUUGCUACUUUAAUUACCUUAUUAUAGGGAAGGAACAUCAAAAAAGCAUGUCUUACAGUUUACAACAGUCAUGUGACCAAAAUAUCAAAAAUCUCAUAAAUAUAUCAGGCCAGUCAGGACUAGCUUGCUGGCCAUUGUGUCCCCCUGUACACUGGACGACAAAUGGCACACAAUCAGGCUGAAAGUAGUACUCACUCAAACAGCCGACAACUCACUUGAUAACAACUGACUUCUCACUUAAAAACAGCCAGCUACUCAAAACCAGCCAACUACUCAAUAACAGCCAACUACUUGCUUGAUAACAGUUGACUACUCACUUAAAACAGCCAACUACUCACUUGCUAACAGCUGAUUACACACUUAAAAACAGCCGGCUACUCAAUAACAGCCAACUACUCACUUGAUAGCAGCUGAUAUUCACUUAAAAACAGCCGACUACUCACUUAAAAACAGCUGACUACUCACUUGAUAACUGCUUACUACUCAAUAGCAGGCAACUACUCAAUAACAGCCAAUUACUCAGUAACAGCCAACUACUCGCUUGAUAACAGCUGACUACUCUCUCAAAAACAACUGAUUUCUUUUCUUCCUGUCAAUGACUCAAUUAAAGAGUUUGAUUAAAAGUUCUGACCUACUUUUCCCUGUUUAUUUAGAUCAUUUUCAACAAUAUACAAACUAAGUAAAAGAUAGUUUAUAUUAACAAAAGUCUGCCUUCUUCACUGCAGACUUGGUGGUAGAAAGACAAUGGUUAGAUAAAUAGGGGAAUGACCUUGGACCAAGGGAGCCACAGGCUGGUGCCACUCUUGUCUAGAACAUCAGCCUCUGUAGUCAUAAUCGCUAGGCUCCCAUUUGUCUUCCAUUUCUCGCCUACAUUUCUCGUUUUCUUUGUCAUGGCUGUCUGUUGAUGACAUGUCACAAAGUCAGAGAUGUUGUCUGAUAUUGACAAACUUUUCCUCACAGCACCGCCUUUAUCACUCUCCUUUACUGCCAACAUUUGAUUUGUUUACAUCUGUGACUUUUGCACAUGUAGAAUGCUCUGAUUGGUCAAUGUCACUGAAGUGAUGGAACUAAUCAUAGAAGACGAAGUUAAAGCAGACAUGCUAGACUUCCUAUUGGAAGCUUGUGAGGCAUCCCAGAUGUGGCCUUGAUUGUCGUUCACUAUGUUAUUCUUCACGGGAUAAAAGCAUCGCUUAUCAGAGCUGAAGAGUCCUGAAAGUCUACGACAGCUGGAUCAGGAUAUGAUUGAGGUUUAAGGACCAGCAUAGAGCAUGAAUACUAAAGUCAUGGAAUAGAAAGGUUUCUUCUUUAAAAUCGAUCUGACUUUGCAUUGAGAUAAGACACAGUAAAACUGGCUGAUGGAGUCGUUUAUUUGUACAGAUGGAGAGCUUGUAGGUGAACAAGAGACUGUUCCAGAAGCUAGUGGUCUCAGUGAUAGUCUGGUCUAGAGAAAGGGCUCGGUGAGUGAUUUAAUGAUUGUAUUUAACCCUAGAGAGUCAUCAGAGUGGGACUAUGACUGUUCGGGACUGAAAACAGGAGAACCUGAGAUGUAGAUGAGGUUUGAGACGUGUUUGGAUGGUGGUUUAAUGAGGUUGGUUGUUUUAGUUUCAUUUUUAUUGCCUGAUUACUAUUUUCUGCCUUGUCUGAACUUUGAACUUUGAUGGUACCUUAAAAAGCUGAUCUGGAUUGAGUCGUUCUAGUUGAGGCUGGCUGCUCCACAGAGACAGACAGUUUGACUUAUUAUAGUGAACUCUGAAUAAACAGGAAGUGGUCAGCCUCUAGGAGCAGGGAGCUGGGUUAGAUACGAUUCUGGCAAGCCACAAAGACGGACGCAGGCUAACCUAAAAACCUAAAAAAAAAAGCUAUUUUUUUAAGCUUCCUCCUCAUGCUCUUUAUAGGACUGACUGAAGCCUUCAUGCUGACCUUUGACUUCUGAUUUCUUCUGUUUUUCUUCUCUUUUUUUGAUCAUCUCUGUGAUACGAUAUUGGUUUUAUUCUGCUGUUAAUUCAUAUAAGUCAGAACUAUGAUAAUUUAAAUCCUGAUAACUUUAUUCUUUUUGUUAAGUUUAAUAAAGUUCUGAUGAAUAGCAAUCUGUAACAGGCCCUCGACCACGAGAGUGGCGGAUGGCUAUGUAAUGAUGUACGGCUAAAGGGACUCAAUGUGUGAAUGUCAUUUUAUAAAGAAAUAAAGCGUUUGAAGCUAAA